UUAGCAAAAGAUACUUUAGGGGAAUACAAGGAUGAUCCACUGGGUGCCGUGUAGUGAGCAGAGCGUAAAGGAUAUUCCUAUUUUUGCGAAAGGAUUUGUUGUGUUUCAGUGAUUUUUCCUGUGGAGUUACCGGGAUUAUAUUUUGAAGUGGGCUGGACAGCUUGGAUGCUUCGUCUAAGAGCAAACUCAAACAAAGAAUUCCAUGGGGCUACGUUCCGUGCCCAGUGUUCUGCGGGGGCGGAAGGACGGUGGUCAGUCGAAGAAUGUCGCAUCCCGUAUUCCGAAAUUCACCUUUGACCCGGAAAGAUGCUACGACGCGAGCCGUCACCAUGGUGAUCGAAACGGCGCACAUCUACGAACGAACCUCGAAGGAGAUAAGCUCUAUGGAUAUAGGAGGAUACCAACGCCCAUGCCGAGGGGAAGGACGCCACCUGGCGGCGAUGUGGCGAGGAUGUCACGGCCGAACCGUGUGGGUCCUCCGACGUCAUCUGCGAGCACUUCGACAAGUGCGACGGGCAGUGGAGGUACCGGUAUACCGGUUCCGGUGGUACAGCAGGCACAGCAGUACCUGGAGGAAAACAUCAAGCAAUGGAUGGAACCAACUCCCCCGCCACAGAGCAGGGAAGACAUUCCUCCUUUGCCUCUGGUGAAUACCGCAGCCCCGGCCGAACCUCACAGUGCCUAUCACCAUCCACCCAGUCACGCCCGGAUGCCCAGCACAUCUUCCUCUUCACAAUCGUCUGCUGCUGUGGGUCGUCUGGUCCAGCAGCCUCGCGUGCCACCCCUCACAUCCCCAUCCAGCGGUUACAGCGAGCACAGCGAUCCUUACUUUGCCCUGACCAGCGGGGAGAGGGCUGUGAUGUUGGCAUCUGCCAAACAUUUCCCGCAUUCCCUGUCCUUCGGAGGAUGCUCCCAGCAUUCCUUGCUACAGGGGACUUCCUAUAGUUCUCCUUGUGGCAACGCACCCUUUGGGGUCACUCAGCCGUCAGCCGCUGCAUCAUUCUUUGCGAGGGCUGCCCAGCGGCUGAACCUGUCCGCCAAGAAGAAGAAGCGUGACCCCGAGAGACAUGUGUUCCGCACCAACUUCAGGGACAUCAUUAAGACGCAUCCUCCUCCCGUUCCCCCGGGGCUGCUCAGGAUAACUGGACGCAAAGAAGUCACCGGAGUGGGAAAGGUGAAGGUGAUGCUUCGCAUGUGCCCUUCUGCUGAAGGGGCUGGGGCGGAAGCUUCCUACAUGACUGUGGAUAGUCGGAAGAAACAGGUCACCCUCUACGAUCCAACAGUUUGUGGUCAAGACACUACUUCCGGUUCGGGUGAAAGGACAGGAGGGGUUGCAGCUCCCAAAAUGUUCGCUUUCGACGCCAUUUUUUCGCCAGAUGACAAUCAGGCUGAAGUGUGCUCUAGCUCGUUGUGUGACGUUAUCACUUCUGUGGUCGGAGGAUCCGAUGGGUGUCUUUUCGUCUACGGUCAUUCCAAAUUAGGUAAAACGAAUACCAUGAUUGGCAACAGCAACUCCGUUCAAGAGCUUGGAGUCAUACCAUGCGCCAUCUGGUGGCUCUUCCGGGCAAUCAAUGAGCACAAACACAGAACAGGUGCAAGGUUCUCGGUUCGAGUUUCCGCCCUCGAAGUGUCAGGGAAAGUGGAAGAACUGAGGGAUCUGCUUGCAGAUUAUGCAGCAGGUACAGAGGGAAGCGGAUCAGCCCCGGGGGUGUACUUGAGGGACGACCCCGUUUUCGGAUCCCAGCUUAUGAACCAAAGUGAACUGAGGGCCCCGACUGCUGAGAGAGCAGCUUUCCUAUUGGAUGCCGCGUUGGCAGCUCGAACAGCAGAGAGUGACGAAGAUGCAAAAAAUGCGCAUUUUCUUUUCACUCUGCAUGUGUACCAGUACAGAGUGGAAAAAGGAGGACGUGGAGGAGUUGCUGGUGGACGAAGUCGGCUGCAUCUGUUCGACCUAGGCAGCUGCGAGAAGACGACGAAAUCGAGAGAUGGUGGGUCCGGAAGUUGUCUAUCUCUAUCUGCCCUUGGUAACGUCAUCCUCGCACUCUUCAAUGGACAGAAACACGUGCCUUACAAGGAUAGCAAGCUGACUCAGUUACUUCGAGAAGCCAUGGGCAGCGUCAUGUGCCGGGUUGCCAUGAUUGCCCAUGUGUCAACAACGCCUUCACGGUAUCCUGAAACGCUGGCUACGCUGCAACUAGCUUCCAGAAUACACAGGUUGAGGAGGAAGAAACUAAAGUUUGCUGCGUCUUCCGAACUAGGCCCGAUCGGCGAUGACAAAGGAGUGUGCAGACCUUUCGUUCGAAUUCAUGCUGUCGGAGAAGAUGGUGCUGUGAAGUCUGGAAGUAGUGAUCCAGACUACACAUCCAGCAGUGAACAAUCAUGUGACACUGUGAUAUUCGUCGGUUCCGCUCGAAGUAGUCCCUUGGCAUUAUGUGAUAGACGCAACAGCCAACCUAUGUCCCCGUUAGCCAAAGAAAACCAGAGCACAUCCACAACACAGGUUGGUGGAUCCUCCAAAAAACAGACCACCACCAAGUCCCACCACUCGGACAAACCAGCAGCGAGUUCUAGUACAAACAGUGCUAAUACUAAUGCAACGGGUAAGCCGCCAAAGACUUCUGAUUAUGUAUCUAAAAGUGCCUUAAACGAACAGAUCAGGACUAGUGCAGUUGCUUCACCCAAAAAGAAAUCCGUCUGUUCAUCUCCUUACUCCUCACCAAAGCAUCAAAAGUUGGCAGAUACCUCCGAUAGUCCUAAAAUGUCUCCUAAAAUGAGCAAGUAUGUGAUGAUGGACUACUCCGGUGAUUUGAAAAAAUCAAAGGGAUCCACCGAUUCAAUCAGUAAAAGCUCUCCAAGUAGAAGCGGGAAACUUACAUCUUCCGAUGUGCAUCAAAAGACAGUUGCUGCAAGCACACUGACGGGAAGUCCACAAUCCCAACGUAAAUCAAAGCGAUCACACAAGCAAGAUGCGACUCAGCAACAACAAAUCUACUUGCAGCAACAACAGGCAGAAAGUGCCCUGAAGCUUUUAACGAAAGAACCUAAACCCACAAGUGAUGAAACAUGGAUUGAUGGGCCUAGGUUUACUAAACCAAAAUUUGACUCUAGAACUUUACACCAGUUGCAAAAAGAGAAAUGGGUCGACGGUCCUGGUAUGUAUGGCUAUAUGGAUGUACAAAAAGAAACAAUGAUUCGAAAAUGGGUUGAAGAUCAUUCUAGAAUAAUCCCUGAAUCGGAACGAACGAAAGAAGUUUGGAUCGAUUUCCCGCCAAAGAAAGAUGAAAAGUCUUCCACAACUAUUAAAAGCAUACCAUCCGAAUCUGUUGACAAGCACAUUUCUUCUCAUAACACCGAGAAAGUCAAGAAAGAACCCAGGAAUAAAUCAGUGGAUCAAAUACCCCAUCCGUCAACAUCAGAUACAGAUUCGCAUAUUUAUGCCAAACCUUCUGUGGUGGUAAAGGAACCCCCGAGACAAAUAGCAACUGAUGCUGUUAGCAAAGUUUCUAAGGAUAAGGAUGUGAAACCAAAAGUAACCCACCAGAUGGUAUCAGAUUUAGAUAAUUCAAUUAAUGGAAAUUUGAGCGAGCUUCUUGGUCAUUCUGAUAAUGGCAGUUCACAGUCUUCAUCAGGGUCUAUUGAUUUUAACGAUAAUAACAGUGAAUUUUCCGAAGGAAAUCGUUGUUUAUCCAAUUCAAAUUUGUAUUUUGAAGACAAGGAUGGUUGCGUGUUGCUAACUGAUAAUGGUCAAAGUGAUGCUGUCGUAAUGGCAGAUUCGAGCAUACAAGUUACCGAAGAAGAUAUAUUUUCAACUUGUGGGUGGCCGAGGGAAGUUUUGAUGGACAAUCAGCAUUUUAGUGACACUGACAGCUAUGAAGAUAUUGAACAUCCUUUGCAUGCUUUAAGUGCAGAUGAUCUGAAUCUAGCGUCUUCUUUUACAGAUUCUAGAGCAGCAAGUGUAGAUUUUGAUACUUUAAGUGUGCCGGAAGGCUGGACGGCUGACAGUCACAUAGAUCCAGAUCUCACGAGAAGACUGCUCCGAGGUGGAAAUUUGCCUCACUCUUCUCAUACUAGCUUGCCCAGGAACUUAAAUUCUAAUGAAGAUCUGAGAGUAAAAAACAAUCUUUUAGCUUCUAAACUGGAAAAGUUAGCCAAUCUUAGACAAAUGAUUGAGAGAUCUAAUAAACAUGAAACGUGGAAAGCUCCUACUAUGCCCACAAAUUUAAGUAGCUUUUGUAGUUCAGAAAACAGGUUCCCAUUUGUAACUAAACUCCAUCAUAGUGCUGAUUCUAGUUUAGAAGAGUUAAGGGAAAACGAUGUGAACAGUAUUCGCAGUGAACCAGCUGAAUUGGACAUCGAAAAUUUCGAAUUUCAGUUUAAUGUAAAACCUAUGAAUGGACUUCGGUUAGAAGCCUUUUACAAUAAAAUACAAAAAGUUCCUCUCUUUCCAGACUGCUAUUCUCAGUUUGGUAAACCAACACAAGUCGUGCCUCCUAAUAUAAAGCAAACCAAAUAUUCUAAACUUCCGGUGGAAGAUUUAGAAUCUUUAAAAUCUCCUUUGAAAAGGCAAAUUAAUGAAAAAGACAGUGCUGAAAGUUCUCCUGGAAAAGUAAAGCAUAGGUGGAGUACAUCUUCUAGUCUUAGCGCUCAAAAGAAGAAUGCAGAUAGUUCACAGUCACUAGACAAAAGCGAUGAAUUUUCAAGGACACGAACUUCCAGUGAAAAUUUGCCAUCUAGUGAAAAAGGUGCUUCAAAAACUGUUACCGAUUCUCUCCAAAGCCAGCCAGUAUUACAUACAUCAUCUGUCGAGAAAGUUCAUUCUUUGACGGAAAUAAUCCAAGAACAAAGGUGUCGUGUGUAUAGUGAAGGUCCCUCUUCAAAUCCGGUGACAUUUCACUCAACAAAAUAUUUAUCCCAAAGAACUUCAAAAUCCAGAAUAAUCGCAGAACAUUCGACAUUCGUUGGGAAGUCGCCAGAAACUGCUGAUCAAAGAUACGAUAUCUCUUUAUUGAGGCAACAUCCUAGAAAAAGGGGCAGCCCAAAACUAUCGCCAAGGAACAUUUUAGGCUCUCAUCGAAACAACCAGAGUAAGCAAAUGAAGCAGUAUAGUCAAUACAAUUACCCGUCCUGCUCGGAUUUCAACAAUGAUGCUGAGACAUCUGGUGGCAUGAGUCCAAGUGUCUCAUGGAUUACAACCCAUGCAAGCACAUCUCAAAUAGUGACAGAGGCUCCCACACAAUCAUCAGGAAAUAAGUCACAAAUUCUGAUUCGCAGCACAUCCACACCAACAAAUCCGUUUGCCAAUAGUGUUUCAUCGCCACGUGGCGAUGUUGUUAUAGGCGCAGAAUCGUACUCUUACAUAUCUACUGCCACACCAUCCAUCACUACACUGACGCCAACUAGCGUCAUAUCUAAAAAGGAAGCCAAGUGGGCUGCCAGACAGUCGAGUAGUGGCCAUGGAAGUGAUAGUAGUGUCAUCAGUACAGACAUUAAAGAGACGAAAGAACUUCUGGGGAAGUUAUCUAAGACCCCUCAGUUCUCCGGAACGAGUAGUGGGUAUGAGAGCAUGCCACGAGACAGUGAAGGAACGCCGUUGUCCUCUUCUAGUCAAGAAUCAGGAAGCGAAGUUGGUGCAAGAAAGGAAGCCAGGGGACGAAAAGGAACGCGGAAGAAAACUCAGGGUUCUAGCAAACGAAGUCGUUCUGUUCCUGCACGGCCUCCAGUCAAUGGCAGUCCAACAUGGCAACAACAGCAGCAACAACAACAAGCCAUAGCAAGUCCAAUCUCGAGACAGCAGAUCCGUGGAAGAUUGGUACGGGAUCUUCACGACCCCACGCUGUGGAAAUCCGAAGAAGAUGUCUGCUGCACUAGUCUUCUAUGUUGUCGCCUCCUCGACUUUUACUGAGUGUUCGAUCUACCUCUAGUGUGCGCGAAUUACACGGCAGUAUUUGAAACACACAUGAUAUGAACAUUGGAGAAAGAAUGGAAUCACUUACAGAAUUUCCUAUCUGUUAAACAAUAAAAUGACAAUAUCAGGUCUAGUUGUUUUUCAAAGGAAGUCAGUCAGUUGGAAAUAACGAUUGCUUCCUUUCUCAACGAUACUACUUUCUUUUAUCAAAUUAUACUUUUAAUUGCUUAUGCAAGUAAGCAAUUACAUUCUGUUGACAAACUAAAUUUAUAUAUUAAAAAUAAAUGGCUUAAAAUAAAUUCAUAAUUUAAUUAUCAAUCGCAUGUAAAUUGAAUAUUUUUCUCAUCAGCUCCAAGGAUUAUAGUCAUUUGUCAAUGUUGCCACAAAUUGCAAGUGAAAUAUUGUUCACGAUUUACAUUUUGGAGGACAGGAAUCUGCUAAAAGGUACGUCCUAAAACCGAAUUAAAUAAAGCAAGAUCAAACUUUCAUUCAAAGGCGACAAUGAAAGCACAUUUCAUAAACCAUCGUCAUUUAUUGCUAUAUUUUAAUCUUAAAAUGUCAGAAGUAUAAUUUUCAAUAGGAAUGUGGAAUAAAGGUUUCAAAACUUGAUCAUUCAGUGUGUUUUAUGGGAAUAUAUAGAUGGUUUUAAUGGAAGCACUAAUAUUUUGAAGGACAUGUCCUUAUGGAUCAUUUAUUUCUUUUCUAUAGCAUGUUAAACUGAACAAUAUCUUCACUUUUACAUUGUAAGCAGAAAACUCGCCAAAAAUGAAUGAGAAAGGGCGCUGCUAUAUUUUACAUUUUCUUCGAUUAACAAAAAUUCAAAUGAAAUAAGAAUUUAUGAAUUAUUACAGCAGUUGUAUAUAGUGUUAAUUUUAAAUUUAUAUCAAUUAGCAAAUGUUUAAAUUGGUCAGUAUUUAAGUCAUUAUUGAUUUUCCUGUUGGCUUUUUUUAUUGUGAAAUUUCACCUCUGUGCCGUUUUUUAACACCUUGAGUGCUGGAGUCACUGGUGACCGGUGGUCCUAUAAAAAUUACAUUGCAAUAAAUACAGUUCAGCAGUCAACGUGUUAAUAAAUUAUUCAUAUUCGGGCACUGAUAUUUAAUAUGAAAAUGACAGCAUCACUUAGGUUUGAACUUAUCUAAGUUUUGGAAUUAUAUUUCAAAACCUAUAACUAUAACCUAUAAAAAAAACCCUAUAACCUUAACACACAGCAAUUUUUUUACUAAAACAAAUAUUUGAUUUAACAUUGCAUUUUUAAUGAAAUGAAAAUAAUAAUAAAUAUUCAGAAUUUGAUGUUUUUUCUCCGAUGUGUGUUGGGAAUCUUAAAAAAAAUUUUUUUUGGUUGAUGGCACAUAACUCAGAUCUAACCUAGUUGUGCCAAAAACAUAUGGAUGCAAGAUUUUUAUAAAGCUAAGCUUAAUACUUUCAUGUUACCUACAUUCGCCUAUGCUAUAUAUUCAUUAUCAUAUUUUAAACGUUUUCUUUUAUAUAAUAUAUCUUUACAUCUUAAUGCAUCUUCAAUUUAUAAGAAAAAUAUCUUUGACAAAUUAUCAAGUGCGCUUCCAUGUUCAAGACCCAAUCAUGUUUUUACUUUUUCCUAGUGGUAUCACAUCCCCAAGCAGGAAAAAGAACAUUACUUCAGUUGAAAGACAUUUUUAUUCCAUCCAAACGUUUUUUUUUUUUGUUUCUAAAAGCUUUCUUUCUUGUCUUUUUUUUUUUGUUCCAAUGUUUAGUCAAAGCUUUAGUCAAUAAGCAAAAAUCCGUCUUGCCAAUGAUAACGUUACCUAGAAACGCCAUUCCGUGCACUCAACCCACAUCAGAUGCCUGUUCUACGUGAUUGAUUGCACUUUCUGGGGACUCAGCGUGAUUGGAAUUACAUUGGAACAAAUGGAAACCAUCUCUAAAUCAAAAGCAUUUCCUUGUGGAUUACUUGACUAAAUUAUCCAAAUUACUCCAGUUCCUAGUUACGGCCUACCGAGCACUCUUCGAAGAACUGGCAAGUGCUCGAAUUCUUCUCCAUCUCUCCAGCUUUGAUUUCGUAAUGUUUAUAUUCAAUUUCCUCGAGCUCCGAAAUUGGCACCACUCCAACUUUCUGACGAAAGCUUGUUGCAAUUAUGGCUCUCGUGUUUGUUAGUCCACUGAUUAAGUUAAGUUUCGGGAUCCUAACACGAUUCGAGGAUGUGAUUCAGAAUGGAAAUUAGGAGUAGGCUUAACUUGAAGCCAUUCUUUUUUUUUUCUUUUCUUUUUAAAUUUUGCAGUGAUUUGUUUACUAAGAUAAGGAAAUAUUUAAAUGGUAAACAUGUAUACUUUUAGUAAAAUUGUUACGCAUAUAUUAAGAUUGAAUACUGCUAAUUUCUUUUUUCUUUUGGAACUGAGCCAACACAAAAUUUAUAUUUCUUAUUUGCUCUAA